GAAGGAGGUUUCGGGAGCAUCAGCCUCAGCGUGUUGCAGGCGAUGCGGAGGGAUGGCUGAGAUCUGAGAGGCGGACGCGCUCUCCAGUGAUGUCCCUGUAAGAAUGCCACCUCUUGCGGCCGCGAGGUUCAGCCUCCUCUUGUGCUUUCUCGGUUCCAGCGUCGCCAAAGCGCUGCACGGUGCAGCUGUACGUGAGGUGUCUGUGAAAGUUCAAGUCUUUGAUAACGGUGACCUCUCGCCCCUGACGGACGCUGCAGUUGACAUUUACACAAAUCAGUCCUGGUUAGCCACAGGAACCACUGAUAAAGAUGGAGUGGCUCUGAUCACAUUACAAUACCGUCUAGGAACCUGGCUAAUCGUCACUGCAGCAAAGCCUGGCUUUGUGACAAAUUCUGCUCCAUGGCAUGCCAACAAAACACCACUGUUUACAUCAGUGAGCCUCUAUCUUCUUCCCGAACGGCCAGCGACCCUGAUGCUAUACGAUGAUGUGGUGCAAAUCCUAUUGGGAUCACCGGGUGCCAAGAAUCAGCCAUGGGUCCAGUUCCAGAGAAAGAAUGUUGUUCUUCCAGCAAACACAUCCUAUAAUGAUUUGUCCGCUUUCCUAACAACAGCCAACACGGAUAUGGAAGUGGAAGGAUUCCCCUAUCUCCUGGGCUAUGAAGCUAACGCAACAGUUAACCACUCCAGGCUUGAAUUGAUCCCUGUGGCUGCAAUCAGCAUUCACUUGUUCACCAGAAAUGGCUCUGCCAUUGAAGUGUCAGGCCCCAUUCAAGUGUCAGUCCCUCUCCCAGCUGACAGUCUUGUGACAACGGCGAGAGACAUCCCAGCCUGGAAGUUUGACAGGAAGCUUGGAGCCUGGCUCAGAAGUGGAACGGGGGUGAUUAAGAACGACGGGAGCCAGUUCACCUGGUCUUACAUCGCUCCACAGUUGGGCUACUGGGCUGCAGCCAUGUUUCCGUUAACCCAAGCUGCAGUAAACCCCUCAAGAUUUGGAGAUAUCACAACCUACCACACCAUAUUUCUGCUCACCAUUCUUGGAGCCAUGGCUCUGUUAGUUCUGGUUCUUCUGUGCUUGCUGCUCUAUUACUGCAGGAGAAGAUGUCUAAAACCACGCCAACAGCACAGAAAAUUACAGAUUGCUUCCACUUUAGACAGCUCCAAGAAGGACCAAGCCACCUCCAUGUCUCACAUUAAUUUGAUCAGCACCAGCCACUUGGAAUCAGUGUCCUCAAAUGGGGAUAUGGAUGUCCACACACCCAUCCUGAAAUCUGCCUUCAGUACAUCGCGAGAGUUUGAGAAUUCCCGAGAGGAGUUCUUCAAGCAGCUUCCAUACAGGGACUCCAGCCAAAAGAUGAGGCACAUCAGCAAGGCAUCCACUGACACUUUGGCCCAUCGAGGAAAUUCCAAAGACGACUACCACAGGACAGUAGAGAGCUUUCCAUUAAAAGUUGCAAGGUCCAUGGAUGCUUCUGGAGAGUUGGAACCCCCUUUAAUGGACGACUACAGACGAAGCUAUAGCUCAAUGGUUGCCCAACAACCGAUGGAUGAAAAAGGCAGAGAAGGUCACACGCGACGCAUUUUGGCUGAAAGCAAACUUUGUGCAAAUGAUCCACCCUCACCUCCACCAUUACCACCACCUUUUGAAUCCCUCAUUGGCCACAAAAUGGAUAAUAAACCCUCAGAGUACAUGAUGUCCCAGUCUGUGGAUCACUUGGCUAGGCCCACAACACUGUCCCAGCCAGGCCAACUCAUCUUCUGCGGUUCUAUUGAUCACAUGAAGGACAACAUGUACAGAAACGUAAUGCCUACUUUAGUCAUACCUGCCCAUUAUAUGGGAUUAACUUCCGAUUAUCCUUGCAUGGAUCAGUCCGCAGCUGUAGCAUCAGAACAGUUAGAGAUGAAAGGGGCUCAAGUGGGAGGGUCCAUGUCCCACCAGCACGGCCCUCAACAGUAUCAGAAUCAGCAAGUGCAACAACCGACCCCCCCAUCUGAUGACGGAGAAGGCAAAGGAUGGGGCCCUCACUCCUCUUCCAUGAGUGGCCCAAUGGCCGUAUUACUGAAUGAGUCAGCAAUGGCGCAGAUGAAUGGAGAACUGCAAGCACUCACUGAAAAGAAGUUCCUGGAGUUGGGGGUAAAGCCUCAACAUCCCAGAGCCUGGUUCGUCUCUUUGGAUGGGCGAUCCAACGCUCAUGUCCGGCACUCUUACAUUGAUUUACAGACAGGAGAAAGGAUCGGAAGUAAUGAUGCCAGCUUAGACUCUGGCGUCGACGUGAACGAGACCAAGCCCGGCAAAAAAGCGAAGGAAGAUCGCGAGCGGCCAGCUCCUGGAAGCAUGGCCUAUGGUAAGCUGACUUACAUGGAUGAUACCGAGCAGAGCAGCAGCGAAAGCAGAACGGCUGUCUGUUCUCCAGAGGACAACUCCCUCACCCCUUUGCUUGAAGAGACUUCUGAACACAGGGAACCACUUCAUCGGCAGGAUCGCAGCAGAGGUAACAGCAUGAGGAGCAGUACUAGCGAGAUUCACAGGGAUUCGACCACUAGCCCAGAGGAAGAAAUGCAAGACCACUCUGAAGGGGCAGAUGACCAAGGUGAGAAUAAAAAGAGUCCUUGGCAAAAAAGGGAGGAGAGACCUUUGAUGGUUUUUAACUUGAAGUGAACUGUGGACCUACUUUGCCAAGACCUUGAAUAAAAUCCUCAAGCGUCUGAAAAUGCAUCAGCAACCCAACAGAAAAUUUGAGCACAAACAAAUGAACUGACCAAGUCUGAAGCAACAAUCUCCGGUGGCCUCAAGAGGGAAUCUAGACCAAGGAACAGUCGAAAGCAACAAUCUACUUCUCCUAGAAUUUGUGCUUUUGUUUUUACAAAGUUGAAGAAAUUUUUGAGAGAGCAAGAGAAAACAAUCUCCAGUGACAAAACUGCAAGUCUUCUGUAAGGGCAGUUGGAACAUGCGUUAAUGUUGUCUUUUAAUACUGAGUUUUUGUAAAGAGAAAAUGCCAGUGUGGUAUCAGCCCACACAAUAAACUCAGUAACUGUUUUUCCUGAGGAAGAUGAAGACACUAUAUAAAGGUUAGGUCCUUUUGUUACUUUAAUUGGAACAACCCUACCAAAUGAAGCAUUUUCUUGCUUGAGGAGCAGUAGUUUUACAUGUCACAACUUUUUUGAAUAGGAGUUUUUUUUUUGGAAGGUACUUUGUUUCUUUUUCCUUAUGUAUUAUACUUUCCCUAACUUGACCUGAAACCAAUCCCAGUAGCAGACCAUAUAGACCUGGUCCAGUACUCUCCAAGUGCCUUCUUUAUGUCUAAGUUGUGCAGAAAGGAGGGAAAGAAACACUUGAGCUAAUGUAAGAUGACAGGCUAUGACAAAGAGCCUAAAAUUAGGAAGUUGGAAUUUAUACAUAUUUUAUAAAUGUGACAUUCAAUAUGUGCAGAAACAGUUUUUCUAAAAAAAAGCUGUAGCCCGGUUACAAGUUACCACGGCGAUUUUUGUUAGCUUGCAGCCAACCUGCCAGGUAAGAGAAAUAGUCACAGGUACAGUUAACUCAAUUGCUGUUUUAUAUUUAAAUGUAUUGGUUACGUCAUGAUGAAUUAAUAUAUGUGAGAGAAAUGACGAGUAGCCUGCUGCCUGUAGAAAUUACCUGGCACUUGAAUGAUGGAUUAGUGUGAUUUCUUGUGUAAAUCAUCUAAUAUACAUAAUGACUCCUUUAGAUUGCUUCAGAAUCAAAGUACCCAUUGAGCACAUUAUCCAUGCACUUGUUACCAAGGGUAUGUAUUUCAUUGUGUAAAGUGUAAGAAGGCCUAACUUACUUAUUUGAACAGUGGGCUGCAUUUUCAAAUCUUCUGCCUAAAGAUUAGGAAGUAAUCUUACUCACAUGAAAACAGUUUGCAGUAGCAAGGGGACGUCAAUGUUCAGUGGGCCUAAAGAGAGGCAGCUCUGAAUGCUGGCGGUGGGGCCAUGUCUCGUGAGGACAACGGGCUUGUACCUGCCAUUUUAUCGAGCUGUCGAGACGAGAUUAAUAACUGUUAACUACCAGCGGCAAUGUCCUAAGUCCAACUGGGAUAAGGCCCCUCCACCAGGGAAUCAUAAGUUUAGCCCAAGCCACUGCUCCCUCACUCCAAUUCACAACCAUAGUCAAGGACUGCAAAGAUGACCAGGCACAGCAAUGCCCCAAUGUGAGAUAAAAGGUUUCCUCAUUCAAUAUCUUGUCAAUCUAUGUUAAAUAAAUAUCUUCAUUAAAAAAUUAAUUUGUUGAAAUAAAAUCAAAAUGAAAUGAAUGUUAAGAUAGUUCUAUUACAGUUAAUUCCGUGCAGUUCAUUGAACAACACAAACACUAUACCUUAUUGAUAUAUAUGUAAAAAAGCAUUUAAUUUGGGACCUCCAAUGAUUAUUCACUCAUGAGACCUUACAGAUACAAAUAAACAGGACAGAGUUGGAUAACUGCAGCUUCAAAAACCAGUAAAAAUGUCCAAUACUGUCCAGGACUCCAUCCACCACCUUCAACAUUCACUCCUUCAGUACAGAAACACAGCACACACAGCUAUGACAAGAUCCACUGCAUAGCUCCUUCAGCAGUACCAUCUAAACCUGUGACCUCUCCCAUCUCGAACGACAAAUGUAGCAAAUACAUCAGAACAGUAUGAUCUGUUAGUUUUCCUCCAAGUUACACACCACCCUGAAUUGCACUGGUCUUUCAGUGUUGCUGGGUCAAAAUCCAGAAAUUCCUUUCCUAACAAUGGUGUAAAGUCCCUAUGUUUCUAAGGAAUGCAGCUGAUUGAGAAGACAUCUUUUUCAGGGCAAUUAGGGAUGGGAAAAUAAAUGCUGACCUAGCCAAUAAUGACCAAAUCUCAGAAGCAAAUUUAAAACAAAGUUGCAGAGAUUGUAUUUGACACGUUUUGUACAUGAAAAAGUGUGACAAUACAGUAUAUAAGUAUUCAUUGCCUUUUCACCUGAUAGACUUACACUUAGGUUCAAACCCCAGUCUAGUUGAGUGGCAUGAAAGGCUUCCUUAGCUACCAAUUGAAAGGAGCCCUGGAAAUAUUUACCUGCAAAUUGAAAGUUGCUGCGUCAUUGUACAAGACCCGUUGUUAUUGGGGUCAAAUCCCCAUGCAAGGUCCUAAGAUGAUUGGAUGGAAAUUAUUUGGAGUUUAGCCUCAUUGUUGAGACUAAAUACAGGGAUUACUUUAUCUCACCAUGCUAUACUUGUCCAAGUAUGAAGAUGGUCGUGCAAGAAGACGGGUGUGAUAUUCCAGUUCUCAUCUUUGAUAUUGCUAGGUUCAAGGAGGUAUAGAACUAUCAGAUAUUGCAUGGCAUCUGAAAUGGAAUUAAUCACUUUAUGGUAUCUAGUUUAAAAAGAGUAUCAUCACUGUAUUGGACAAAUGAGAAUAUUACCACUUUACCAAUUCAUAUGCAAAGCUUUUAUAUCUUUCUUUUGAAAUGAACAUUCCUAAGUGCACACUGAAUUGUUGGCCAAGAAUAGACAUACAGCCAUACCAUAAUCGGUUCCAGCAGGCUCUUGAGUAAUUGAAUAAUCCAAAGUAAGCAGUAUGUGUCCUUGCAUUGACAAAAAUAUAAAAAGCUGAAGGCUGGAAUUUAAAUGUUGAAUUCAGGUAUUCAGAAAGCAUCCAGGACCCACACUGAUUACUUGUCUAGAAUUAUCAAGGAAAUUUAAAUGGAGCUUAAAACAAUUAAAAAUUGGGUUUGAUGUAGAAUGAGAGCAACCUGCUUCUUAAUUCAUACGGAAAUAGGUUUCCAGUUGGAGGCUAACCUACAGCAGAUUCACCUCUUCUGUUGACAUUACAAACAAUCAGAAAAUGUCUUUUCACUAUUUGCAAUCGCUUCAAUUUGUGAUGUGCUCAGCAACAAACAAUGAAUGAUCAGUAAUAAAUUGACCCUCUUCGAGUCAAAGAUCUAAUCAACGGGAGCAUGGCACAUGGAAUCAGCCAGUUAGUUUUAUAACCCUAUCUCAAACCUGUGUAUCCACAUGGUGAGUCUAGCACAACAUGAUCAUCUUAAAAACUAGAGUAGAUCAAAAGUAUAUUAAGGAAUGUUUUAUUUUAUUCUGUUUAAAAAGCAUGUUAAAAGUGAGGGGGCAAUCUUUCCUGUUGAUGCACAUAUGAAGCUAUGUAAUUUUAGGCUCAAAAUAAGUGCUACUUUAAGGGUUAUUGGGAUUGUUAUUGUGGACCUGUUGCUUUUUUUUAGACCUCAUAAGCAGUUGUCUUGUGCCAUCAUUUUACAUCUCCUUUUGCAAAGUUCAUGUCAUUGAAUUGUUUCCAAUGCUGUGCCACAAUUGAGGUAAGAUGAAUGACCUGGACUGUUUUUGCUGAACGUAUUGUACGUAUGGCUACCUUUUAAACUGAUUAUUAGUGCUAGUGACUUGGUGUCUUUUGUUUAACUGUUGGCCACGGUUUUUUUAAACAAGGUGGUCUUAAACAGAGGUGUGUGCUUGGUAUCCGAUUUGCUCUUUUCAAAAGAAAACAUGGUCAAAAUUCUGUGCAAUCUUUUUUGCUUGUUCCUAAAGUUGUUAAUACAAAGCUUAUUAAAAAUGUUUGAGAAAUGAA